AUGGAUAAGACCUGUAAGAUCUGGGAUACUGCCAUGGGCAAGUGUGUGGGUAACCUACGUGGCCAUGAUGACGAGAUUUUGGAUGUGGUCUUUGACUUCACUGGACAGUUCAUUACUUUAGCAUCGGCAGACAGUUCUGCAAGGGUCUACAAUGCUGUUACCCAUCACUGCAUAUGCAAAUUGGAUGGACAUGCUGGAGAAAUUUUGAAGAUUUCCUUCAACCCUCAAGGUACCAAGCUACUGACAGCCAGCGCUGAUAAGACAGCUAAGGUUUGGGAUCCUAAAUCAGGUACCUGUCUCCAGACACUAGAGGGACACACAGACGAGAUAUUCAGCUGUGCAUUCAACUAUGAAGGAGAUACAGUUAUUACAGGAAGCAAAGACAACACUUGUAGGAUCUGGCGCUGA